GGGAGGGGGACAAUAAAAGACUAUAGUGCAUGCAGAGAGAGGUGUAAGGGACAGGAUAUGACAGUGAGCAUUGCUAAUAGGCUGCUGCAUGGCAGGUACAUAUUUAGACUGAUGCCCACACACACAGAGACAGCUGGGGAAACACACGAGACAGACAUCAAUCUGAGCGCUAAGGGAGACAGCUGAAAGGGAGGAGGGGGCGGGGAGUCCAUGCACUGCCUGCGACUCUACAUCACUGCACUCUCACUGCAGAUGGAUGUCAGCGGCCACUGAGUGCAUGCUGCUUCACCUCCCUGGCCUCAGCACACACAGGGUUAACCACACUGCUGCACCCUUACAGCCCUUUAAGCAUUGGCUGCACCCAGGUAUCUGAGGACUGACUGCACCCCAAGAUCUCAAAAUACAGACACUGGCUGUACCCUGGAAUCUGAGCAUUGACUGCACCCCCCAGAUCUUUUUAUACUGCUUGCACCCUGAAAUCUGAGAACUGGAUGCACCCCAAGAUCUGUUUGCACCCUGAAAGCUGAGUACUGAUUGCUCCCAUAGAUCUCUAAAUUCUUGCUGCACCCUAAAAUCUGAGGACUGAUUGCUCCCCAAUAUUUCUUAGUGUCUGAACCCAGAAAUCUCAGGACUGAUUGCUCCCCUAGAUCUUUGAAUACUGUCUGCACCCUCAGAUAAAAAGACUGCACCUCUCUAUCUCUGAGCACUUACUGCAACCCAACCUUAAAUGUGAGGACUGUCUGCGCCUUUAAGUCUCAGCACAGACUGCACCUUUGGACCAGUGUACUCCCAUUUAAGCAUUCAGUGUGUGUAGCGAGUCUGCUUUGCCAGGGCUGUGUCACAGGGCACUAUCCCAUCUCACACUGAGCAUUUCUGGGCUACUAAGACAAUCUGAGGCUGUUCUGGGUCUGCCAGCAUUGAACUGUCACUGUCCCCUGCUCCUGGUACACUGACCUCCCCUGGGGCCAGCCUGGACUGUCCAUCCUAGCCCACGGUCGGCGACCGACCUCACUGUAGAACGUGGACUGCAGAACAUCAGCUGUGACUACACUGAAUAUUGUCCUUGGUGGCUACUUCCCUCCAUUAGUAAAGUGCCAUAUGGCUGGCAGUGCCAAGACAGUGGGUCAGUGAGUGCUAGCCACCUUGGCACAGUAUGGCAUCUCAUGGCAAGCAGCGGAGGGACAGGCCCUCGGACUACGAAAUCCAAAUUAAAGAAAUCCGCAGUCAGUUGGUCGAGCAGGUGAAAUGGCUUGACAUCCAGGUUGACUUUCGCCAGCAGCUUUUGCAAGAUAUGAGUGAAUUCCUCCGGAGGAAGGCCGAGAUUAACCUUGAGUACUCCCGCAGCCUUGAGAAGCUCAGCGACCGAUUCUCCUCCAAGAUUCGUAACUCUAAGGAGCACCACAGCUUCAGGAAGGAGCAGCACCUACUCUCCCCUGUAAAUUGCUGGUACAUGAUUUUGAAUCAAGCACGCCAGGAAAGUCGAGAUCACGCUGCGUUGAGCGAUGUAUACACGUCACACCUUAUCCCGCGUCUCUCGCAUAUUGGAGAGGACAUAUCCCGCCUCUCUAAAAAGAGUAAAGAAGUGGGAGUUCAGCAGCAGGAAGAUUUGCUUAAGUUGGUUUCAGAGUUACAAGGGGCUAUGAAGACCUACCAACUACAUCACAAUGACUGUCUGAACUCUGAGCACAAAUUGAGGGAGGCAGAGAAGCAGGAGGAGAAACGCACAGGUAGAGUCAGCGAACAAACCGCAAGCUCCCCAGUGGCGGAUCGAGGACAGAGACGCAGUUCCCUGAAGAAAACGGAAAGACUUGUUGAGAAGAGGUUGAAGAAAUAUUUGGAGAACAACCAGAAGUGUACAAAAGCCAGGAACGAAUAUCUUAUCAACCUCAACACUGUGAACGCCAACAUCAGUAACUACUAUUUAAAUGACAUUGGUGACCUCAUUGACUGCUGUGAUAUGGGCUUCCACCUAUCCAUGGGUAAAACCCUGAAGGUCUACCUGCAGGCAGAGGAGCGAGUCCAAGCCUCUCGGCAACAGGGCUUGCAGUCCAUUGAGGGGGCUGUGGAUAGUCUUGAUGCCACGGCAGAUAAAAACAAGGUGAUGGAGAUGCGCAGUGAUGCGUUCUGCCCACCAGCCCGCUUUGAAUUCCAUCCCCACGAAGGAGAUGAGGUGUGUGAAGUGCGGUCUGAGCCUCUGCUACAUCAAGAGCUAACCUCUCGAUUCCAGCACAUCCAGUCGAGACUGACAAGCGAGAACCUGGAAACUGAAGAGGUCAAGAAAACAUUUAAAGCUACCCUCCAGGCACUACUUGACAUCAUUGGCACUGAGGAUUUCGAUGUAUUAGAUGCAUUUCAGUCUAGUCAGUCUACUGAAUCCCUAAAAUCCACAGGAUCCGACACCAGCAGUAAAACAAGCACAGCGAAGAGACGUGCUAACCAGCAGGACACCGAAAUUUUCUAUGUCGCGAAAUUUCAAAAAUACCUGGCUGGCAGGAGUACUAUUUGUAAACUCCAAGCAAAACGUGACCAAUUGAAGGAAGCCAUAGAUAAAGCUGCGGUGUCGGACCUUAACAUUUCCUGGCAUCAAUCCAGCCCCAGUAAGUCUCAACGGGUGAAAAGGCAACGACCGUCAUCUCAUUAUAACCACAAACUGUUUAACGGGGAUUUGGAGGAGUUUGUGCAGAGUUCCGGAGAAUCCAUCCCUCGCGUUGUGUCCAGUUGCAUUCGGUUUAUUAAUCUGCAUGGUUUACAGCAUGAGGGUAUUUUUCGUGUCCCAGGAUCUCAGGCUCAUGUGAACGAGAUUCGCAGCGCUUUCGAAAGAGGUGAGGACCCCCUGGAUGACAGCUGCACUGGUCACGAUGUGGAUUCUGUGGCCGGCGUGUUAAAGCUUUAUUUCAGGGGUCUGGAGAAGCCCCUCUUCCCGAAUGAAAUGUUCAACGACCUGCUAUCGUGUAUUCAACUUGAGAAUGCUCAGGACAGGGCAGCCCACCUCAAGAAACUGGUGUCACAACUGCCUCCACCUGUAACUCUAGUACUCCGAUACCUCUUUGCCUUCUUAAAUCAUCUGUCCCACUACAGUGAUGAGAAUAUGAUGGAUCCAUAUAACCUGGCUGUGUGCUUUGGCCCAACUCUGGUCUCCAUUCCAGAAGGACAAGAUCCAGUCUCUGUCCAAGCUCGUGUUAAUGAGGUUGUGAAAACCAUCAUCAUUUACCAGGAGAGGAUUUUUCCCGGGCCAAAUGAACUGGAGGGUCCAGUGUAUGAAAAAUGCAUGACAGUGGAAGAGGAUGAUGACUACAGUGAUCCAUUGACCUUGGAACCCACUGCAGAAGAGUAUGAUCAAGAGAUGCAGUCAGAGACUGUCGGAGAAGAAGAAGUGGACUUUGUGGAGGCAGUUGCAAGGUUUGAUUACAUGGCUCGGUCUCCCCAUGAACUGUCCUUUAAGAAGGGGGACAUAUUGCUGCUCUAUAAUAAAGCCUCCGGGGACUGGUGGAGAGGGGAAGCAGGAGGGAUUCGAGGUCUUAUUCCUCACAAAUAUGUCAAUGUUCCCGAAGGGGCUGAGAAGCGACUUGAGCAACGUGGAGUUAGGAAGGAGGUGGAGCCUGGUACAGCACGUACACCUGAGGAGCUCAACCUAGAGCCCAGGUUACGUGUAAACUCAGACAGUGCCUGCUCUCCGCAAAAGCGAAAUGAGGGGAGCCCAAUGCGGAAACUGAACUACCAGAUCAUAGAAACUGCCCGACUUCCUUUUGCCAUCACCCACCCUGGACCUCAGCGACUUUUGGGACACUUAGAAAGGAUGUCCCCAGUAGCAGGAGACAGAAGAAACUUUCUGGAUGGCAUGCCAAAGGGAACCUCUAUGGCAAAAUCUUGGCAAGGUGAUCGUCCUGGAAUUGAAGUGGACAAGAAUGUGACGAAAAACAUGGACAGCGUCUUCAAGGAAUUGCUGGGAAAAGCAGCCCUAAGACAGACAGGACCGGAAGAGCCUGGUGAUGCCAUCAAAGCGGGGAAACCACGAGAAACAAAACCUAGCACAACCAGUACCUUCGAGCCAGUUCGUGGCAGCCCGGCAGGAGGGAAGAAAGGAGGCCAGGGAAGAGCUGUUUUUGGGGGCCGAAGAUGAAGUUAAAUUUCUCAUUUACAGUUGGGGAGUAGGACAAGAAGAGAGACCCAAUUAUUCCUUACAGGAUUGCUCUUCACUCUUUCAAGUCGGCUGCUCUCCCUCAUCCUAGAGCACAAGGGUCAUGUGGACAGGAGAUUUGAAUAGUCAUUUGGGAAUUCAUGGAUGGGUACAGGAUAGUAGUCCUUUAAAGGAUAUUGUCUUUCCCAUGCUUCCCCCCGCACAGCGUUUGUUAUUAUCCGUGUGUGUUGCUGUCAUUAACAUAAGCACAGUUGCGUCUUUCUGCUUGGGGCUCCUCUCGCCUUCUACUGACCCAAAAGAACCAGCAGAAAAGGCCUCGGUCAAGCCAAAAUGGGAGUGAAGAGAACUGGGGUUCCCAAGCAAAACCUGUUCAUUACUGAAGUCAGCAUUGGCACCAGGUUCAUUGCAAUCAUUCAUCUUAUCUGUUGGUUAUUGAACUCCUUCAAAAAGACCAGGCUCCUAAGUACUACUGCUUACAAAGACGAACAAGACCAGGAAGAUGUCUGUCUGUAGAAGCACAGUAUAUUUACAUUAUACAUUCCAGGACCCCAUCUUGUGACCACCCAACAAAGCCAGCAUAGACACCCUGCAUUAAAUGUCAGGGGAAAGAAAGGCAUGCUUCUAAUUGAAAAUGUUCUACGUUGAACAAUUUGGAGUUAAGAGCGGAGAUAGGUAGUAUUAUUUUUUAGCUACAUGUGCAGUAACGUCUAGUUCCAGGGUUUCUGCAAGUUACUGACUUAAGAAUCCCAUGCUUUCAUAAUUUCCUCAUGUCUUCUUCUGUAAAGGUUUGCCUUGGAUUUAACUGCACCGUGUGCAGAAUGUCCACUGUUGAUCAAUACGUGAACACCACUUUAGAUGCUGUGGGUUAGAAUCAUUUUGACAUCAGAAAGGGACAUUACUCGUUUUGUUUUUUUUAAUCAAAUAUGUUAAUACCACUCUUGUACAUAUCCGUUCUACUAACAUUUUUACAAUCUGAAUUAACAGUGUAUUUUAGACCUCUUAACUUUGGAUUAGUCAACUUGAGAAAUUUUCACUGAGAAUUAUUCUGUUGGGAUAUAUGUCCAGUAAAUAAACACAUUCAAUCGGGCGAAGAAGAUGUUUAAACAUGUCUAAUGGUUUUGUAUUCAUUCUAAAAUAACCAAAUUUACCAUUGAUUGGCAACCAUUGGAUAUCCAUCAGUCUUUAUUCCUCGAGCAAAGUAUACUGGAUGUGUAAUUAACUACUGUCUGAAAGAACAAUAUAGAAUCUAUUACAUUUCUUUUUUUCCCUGUAGUUCAUGCUCAGCAAAGUUCACUCAUUCCUAAAUUCUAGUGAAAUUAUCCCUAGCAGUCACUCUGUAUUCAGUUUGCCUAGAAAAAGAGUUUCAAAGUAACAAGGCUAGUAGACAAGUAUCAAUGCAACUCUUGCUGUUAUAAAAUAAUUGCAGCAUUUAACCACUUACACUUAAAGUACCGUCACUUAGAGUACCAUAACUAUAUCAUCUUACUGAAGUGGAUGUGGUGCGGUGGCCGUGCCACUGCUGCCUUUCUUUUAAAAAGUAUUUUAUUCCGGAGAUAAAAAAAAAUAAAAAAAUCUUGUGUCUAAGGCCGGCUGCCUGGCUGUCAAUCAAACUGGCAAUUUCAGUUGUGUGCAACUUUUGCAUCUAGUGUCAGCGCACCCAGCAUGCAGCAUGCUAUGCAGACACUUUGGACAGGAUGCGUAUGGCUCGGUGAUUUACACCUACAGUGUCAAAAACUCCAGCUGCUUGACUGUCAGACAGUUUAACUUUCAUCCCCCAAUAUAAACAAAACAAGUCGGUUCUGGCUUUUUGCUUCUGCCUUUUGAAGAUGGAGAGGUUAGAGAAAAUAAUACAUUAUUAAUUAUGUAUAUUAAAUAUAUAUAUGUAUAUGUGCAUUUUUGGAUAUAGAAUAUUUUGUAGAAAUGUUAUGUCUAAUUUACUUAGUUCAAGGAACAUUUUAGCGUUAGAAAUGCAAAUAUGUAUUCCUAACACUAUAGUGCCCUAGUCCUCAUUUGGGUGAUUGGGCCAGUGCUGCAAGAGUUAAAAAAAGGUGAUUUAUUUACCUUUCAGCCCUCGCAGCGCCGGUCUCCCUGCUUAAACUCCACCUCAUUGGCGGCUGAGCUCAUGUUGAUGAUCUCAGCCAACCUAAUGUUUUCCCAUAAUGUGCAUGCCCGGCAAAACACUGCGCUGUGCCAAUCAUUGCCUCCUGUAGGUUUCCUGAGACCAUCUGGAAAAAAAUAGUAGAAUUUUACUCUUUUUAUAUUACUGAAGCGACUAUAGAGUUUGUCUGUAUGACGCCUACUAAAAGCAGGUUAAUCCUACAGAACUCCAAUAUUUUCA